CUGUAGCGUUUGCUACAGUGGUGCGACGACGCUUUAGUGAGACCAGUUGGCUUUCCAUUAAACCAACUAGUUAUAUUUUAAAUUAUUUAUACUAAUAAAAUCGUAAUCACCCCGUCUCGAUACCUCCUUAGUUAAUGAAAUAUCUCCAUCUGUUUAUCGCGAGUUUUAAGUUUUAAAAUCACUCGUGUUGUGUAAAGUAAACAGUGUGUGCUAAAGGAACACCUUCCUCGAGUAUCUGUGACAGAUGGCAGGACAAGAUCCAAAGUGGCAGAAAGAUGCCGCGGAUCAAAAUUUUGAUUACAUGUUCAAAUUGUUGAUCAUCGGGAACUCGUCGGUAGGAAAAACCUCAUUUUUAUUCAGAUACGCGGAUGACUCCUUCACGUCAGCGUUUGUGUCGACUGUCGGCAUUGACUUUAAAGUCAAAACUGUGUUCAGACAUGAUAAAAGGGUCAAGCUACAAAUCUGGGACACGGCUGGACAGGAGCGUUAUAGAACCAUCACGACGGCCUACUACAGAGGAGCGAUGGGAUUCAUCCUCAUGUACGACAUAACUAACGAAGAGUCUUUCAACUCGGUCCAAGAUUGGAUCACGCAGAUUAAAACUUACUCGUGGGACAAUGCUCAGGUCAUUCUCGUAGGCAAUAAGUGCGACAUGGAGGACGAAAGGGUGGUCAGUUUUGAGAGAGGCAAGCAGUUGGCCGAGCAACUGGGGGUACAAUUUUUUGAGACUUCUGCCAAAGAAAAUAUUAAUGUUAAGGCGGUGUUUGAACAAUUGGUAGACAUAAUAUGCGACAAAAUGAGCGAGUCUCUCGACAAUGAUCCAGCGCUGAUGGCAGGAGGCGGUGGACAAGCGAAAGGACAAAAGCUAACCGAUCAGCCGGCGAACCCUUCGAAUCCCAACUGCAACUGCUAAAGACCUAAAUAAAAUAAAUUUUAAAAGUCUAUAUAAAUAUAUAUUAAAAACAAAAAGUAAAACUAAACAAAUAAAAAAAAAACCACCAAGAAAAAUAAAUAAAGCGGUUAAGAUCCAAUCACGGCGGUUGUCUCUAAAUCGUUAUAUUACAUUAGUUAGAAUUAUUAUAUGUUCAGCCGUUAAUUAUUUAAUCACUGGUUGUUUGGCACGUAUCGUGGGACUCGUUAUUUAGUUAGAGAAUUUAUCAGACCAUUUAUUAUUACUUAUUACCUGAGACUUUUUAUUAAAUCCGCAGAGUUUCUAUCAGUGAGAACUCAGACUUUGCGGUUAAACUUCACAUUCCUCGUUAAUAUUAUUAUUAUUUUCAUUAUUAUGACAUAUAUAUAUUUAAAUAGUCACUGUGCCGUCACGAAGAUGCUCGACGCCCUGAUUAUUGAUUAUCUCAGUUAUAAAAAAAAAAAAAAAAAAAAAAUCCUCGUCUUUUUUUAAUUUGUCGAUUGGCGUGAUACAUUGCACGUGCGCUCGUAUAAUUUAUUAAACACCCCCAUUAUAUUAUUUUUUAACAUAAUAGAGUAACGAUUGCGCUGGUACGAGUAUUUUAUUAAAU